AUGUUUUCAUCAAAUAAUCAAAAUGAUCAUAAUAAAUUAGAUAGAAACUCUGCAUUACUAAAUAAAUGUCCACAUGAAGCUAAUAGUUCAUUAUCUAUAUCUGAUGUUUUAUUUCCAUGUAUAGAUGAAAAAUCUGAUAUAUUAUUAAAGUUAGAUGAUUUAUGCGUAAAACAAACGAAAUUAGAAGAUAGCGUAAAUCAUGUUCAAAAAAAUUUGAUUACUCGUAAUUUAGUUGAUAAUUAUAAAAAACAAAUUGAUCAAUAUCAAAUACUUUUAACAUGCAUGGACAAUUUACAAGAAUUCAAAGAUAAAUGGGCAUUUUUUCGUAUAUUUAUUGAGCGUUUUUGUUUAGAUUUAUAUAAUUGGAAGCCAAUUGCUCACUCUAUUUAUCAUAUUAACUAUUUAAUUAAUAAUCUUGACAAUUGUCAAAUGAAAGAAUUUAUACGAAGUUAUUUUGUAAAUGUUUUGAAUAGUUUUAUAUUGUUUGUUAAAUAUUUAAUUACUAUACAAAUAAAGUCGCAAAAACAACAGUCAAGCGAUCAGAUCACGGGGAAGAACGAUUCGUCGAGAAAAAAUAACAUAUUUGUUUCUAAUGUUUCACAAAUAAAUUUCGACAAUCAAAUUGAACAACACGUUCAAAAUCUUAAAAAUGAUAUUAAUAGUUUAAAAGAGUUAAUCUUAACAGCUAAACAACGUUUUAGUAUAUGUCAAGCAGAUACGAACGCUAUUCAAACACUUGUCGACGGCAUCGAUAAUAUCAAUCUGAAUAAUAUAAAUUUUGAUAAGCAAGAUCAACAUAAUAUUCGUUUAUUUAAAUUAAAACAAGAUCUAUCACAAAAAUCAAAUAAAACUGAUUUAAUACAAUUGAAAGCUUCAAUUGAUAAUCAAUUAAAACAAAUCAUUGAACUUAACAAACAAAAUGCUAUGGAAUUAGAACGAAUUAAACUAAUGAACACUGCUACAUGUGAAAGUCGUCGUAUACAAACAAUCCUUUCUAGUAAUCUAUCAUCUCAAAUUAGAAAACCCAAACGUAUGCAUUCGUAUCAAAGUUCUCGGCCCUAUAUUACUUUGGAAUUAGAUGAUAUUCGUAAAUAUCAACGGCAAGCAUUAUUAAAAUCACCCUAUGGAACUAUUCCACUAUAUAGACGACAAGCAUGGGCAGCAGCUAAUCUAUUGCAGGAUCAUCAGUCAUUAGAUUUAUUACGUUAUACACAAAAUUCACUUCGAAUGCAAAUACAUCAUUUAUUAGGUUACGAUCCAUCGGAUAUUUGCAAGAGUAAUAAGAAAAAGAAAAUCAAUAAAAAGUCAAAUAUAAAAAUAUUUAAUACUCGUCAAGAUAUACUAAUUGCUGGCAAUAAUAAUCAAUUCUAUCGAGGUCACAUUGAUACUUGUCAAAUAGUGCCAUUAAAAAGUUCCCAAGUAAAAAAAUCUCAAAUUCAAACAAACAUAGAUGAAAAUAAUGAAAUAAUAAAUGUUAACAUCGAUCAACUUAAUCAAACGAAUAAGACAAUAGUGGAUGAACAUUUAUUUGAAUAUUUAGAUUGGCAAACACAAUUUAAUGAACAAGAUUUACCAGAUGAACUUUGCGAAGAACUAUUUCAACAUUGGAAAUCGAUUAUCUUUGAAGAUCAACCACAUAUGUGUAAUUCGAAAUCAACUUCAACUCUAUGCCAAGAGAAAUAUGAUUUAGAACAAAAUUCAAUUGAUGCCCACGUCGAUACAGCAUCAUCAUCGUCAUCAUUAUUAAAAGAUAUUUAUGAUGAUCAUUGUCUGUGUAGUGAUUGUUCAUGUGAUUGUGAAAAAUAUCCAAGUGAUGAAUCUAUGUGUGCAUGUUCACAAUGUGCAUGUAAAUGUUUAAAAGAUGUUCAAAAUGAAAAUCAAGAUACGAUUGAGGAUACAACUGAAGUUUGUGAACACAAUAUAUUAGUUUUACACCAAGAAACUAAUUUACAAGAUCAUUUGAUUAAUGAAACAAAUGCUAAUGAAGAAAUUCAAUUGACAACAACUAAUCAAAUUCCAAUCCUGAAAGAAAUUCAACAAAACGAAGAAGACAAAAUACUAAUAUCUGAUUGUUUUAUGAAUCGUGCAGAUCGUUGGACACACCAGUUUGAUAUUUUUCAGGAUAUGUGCAAGCCAUCUUCAUUGCACGAACAAAAAGAUUUUUCGACAUUGCAUAAUAUUUCUCAGUUUGAAAGUGUUGUUUCAAUGGCUUCUCGAUUUACUUCUAUUUCUAGUCGACUUGAACUAGAUGAUCCGACUCGUUUCCGGCUGCAACUUCUCAAUCAUCAUCGAUGA